AUGGCAGUGAAUUUCGCCUGCAGCUUCACCGCACUUUGCUGUUUAGCACUCUGGAGCUUCACCAGGACUUCAGGUGCUACAUAUGUACCACCACCUCAUUCGACCAUGAAACCCGGCUUCCCUGUCCCGAUGAACACAGACAACCCUGGUGUUCGCAAAGCAGCUCGCUUUGGGGUUUACAGAUACAACAACAGUUCCAAUGACCUCUUUCUGUUUAAGGAAUCACAAAUAAACAAAGCCAUGGUACAGAUUGUCAGAGGGCUGAAAUACAUGCUCCACGUGGAAAUUGGACGCACCAUAUGUGAGAAGAGGGAGCACUCCAGCCUGGACAACUGUAACUUCCAGAGGAAAAAAAACCUGCAACAGAUGCUGAGAUGCUAUUUUGAGGUCUGGAUAACGCCUUGGUUACAUAAAGCGUAUGUCCCCGUUGCUCUCUGUCACUGACUCACCCUUCCCCAUCUACCACCAUGAGUUUUUCCUUGCCUGGACUGUUGAGGCCAAAACUGAAGUGGGGAACGGCUGUAGAGAAUCACCACAGAGCUUUUCUCUCAAAGCACAUGGUUGUUUUUCUCCCUGAGAAAGAUGCUCAAAAGUGACAAAGAAAAGACCUGCCUUGACUGAAUUUAUUGCUAUCCAGUUGUGUAUCUGUUUUUCCAAAACUAAACUGCA